AUGUCCGAGUCCGCGACACGCACGGCGUCGCCGGCCUCUGCCACCGGCAGCUUCGACCAGCGCUUCCAGUCCCACAUCAAGCCCGUCCUGGAGCUCCUGGACAACAUCCGCUCCCUCCUGCACGGGUGCGAGGGGCUCGGCGACGUGCGCGACAAGCUGCCGACGAUCGUGGUGACGGGCGACCAGUCCGCGGGGAAGUCGUCGGUCCUCGAGAGCCUGUCGGGGAUCGCGUUCCCGGUGGGCGACGGCAUCGUGACGCGGCUGCCGUGCCAGGUGGCGCUGCGGGAGGGGCCGGCGUUCCGGGCGGUGUGCACGCCGCCGGAGGGCCAUGGCGAGGCGGUGACGCUCACGGACCCGAAGGCCGUCACCAAGUGGAUCGAGGACACCACCGCCGCCGUCGCGGGCGACAAGAAGGGCGUCCUGGACAAGCCCCUCAGCAUCAAGGUCGAGCGCGAGGGCUCCGCGGACCUGACGCUGGUGGACCUGCCGGGCAUCACGCGCGUCGCCGUGGACGGGCAGGCGGACGACAUCGAGGAGCAGGUCAAGCGCAUGAUCCAGCGCUACAUCUCGCGCGAGGCGGCGGUGGUGCUGUGCGUGCUGCCCGCCAACGUGGACUUCUCGACAGCUGAGUGCAUCAAGAUGGCGCGCGCGGUGGACCCCGGCGGCGAGCGGACGCUGGGCGUGGUGACCAAGGUCGACCGCGCGGAGCGGGGCAUCGUCACGCGGCUGAACGCGUUUGGGACGACGGGGUGGGCGCUGCGGCUGGGGUACGUGGCGGUGAAGAACCUGAGUCAGGACGAGCGGGCGAAGCACGGCGUGUCGACGACGAAGGUGCUGGAGCUGGAGGACGCGUUCUUCGACGACGGUGUGGGGCGUCCGGCGCACCUCGCGGAGCUCGCAGACCUUGACGCAGACAUGCGCGGCCUGCGCACUCUCGUGCAGAAGCUCGUUCAAGUACAGGGGGAGCGCAUCGAGGCGUUCAUGCCGUCGCUGGUGGACAGCCUGCGCGAGAAGUGCCGGCGCCUGGAGGAGGAGCUGAGCGGGCUGUCGGAGCCGGUCACGACCGAGGCAGAAGCGCUGAGGGCGUUGUCGAUCGUCGUUGAUAAGUUUGGCAGGAUCGUGGGCGACAAACUCGAGGGGCAACACAAAACCUCCGCGCUCAAGAGAAAGGCUGACAAUUCCGCAGGGAUCAGCCCUUUCGCGCUCCUUCACGACUUCGUGAGCGAAUCGCGUGCACAGAUCCGCCGGUCCAUGCCGGAAUUCUUCAGCGACGAAUUCUUCGAUGAGAUGCGUAUGGACCUGCGCAGGCGCCGCGGCCAGCACCUGCCCAACUUCGCGCCCCUGCCGCAAGACCUCUUCGAGAAGCACUUCCACCGCCACCUCGAGGAGCCCAUCUCGGACGCGGUGUCCAGGUCCUUCGAGAUGGUCAAGGGGGUUGUUGUGGGGGAGUUGGGGGUGUUCGACGACUUCCCGCGGCUGAAGGCGCAGGUCGCCUGCGACGUCGACGGUGUAUUCGAAAGGAUGCACAUUGAGGCGAAAGACAUGAUGUUGCGGCUCAUCGCGAACGAGCGUUUCCCUGACACGCUGAACCAUUAUUACAUGGACACGGUGUCGAAGAUCAUGAAGGACAUCGAGGAACAUCGGCGCGACAAAGACAAGCAGAAGGACAAGAAAGCGGUCCGAGAGCUGCAGCGGGGCCUGGCCGGGCUGUGCUCGGACGUGGCCCCGAAGUACGAGACAUACCGGCUCGCAGACUCAAUUAAAGAUGCCGACCUGAAAGAUGGGGAGUUCACCAAGCGAUGUACGGUUGCCGGGGCAGAGAUCGAGAUCAUCGUCUACAGGGAUGCCGAGCGAGGCGUGCCGAAGUUCGAUAUCAGGAACCUCUCGUCCCAAAGGCUCGUGUGUCGCUUUGGUGCCAACCUCAAGAGGCUGGCGCCUGGAUCCAGCGACCCCGAACACCACAGUUGGCUGCGACACGGUGUCGACGAGAUCGAAGUUGGCGCUCGACAGUCCGUCAUGACCGUGGACGGAGCAAACAUCUCCAACGUAAACAAGUUGCGAGAUGUGGACGUCAUCAUGGAGGUUUUCGACCCCGGUGCGCCGUGGGAAACGCACGUCGAUGCCAGGUCCUUCGGCGACGCCGUCCUUGGAGCGACCUCCAACGACGAGCAGGCCGCCGUCGAGCGCCAGGUGUCGAUGGCGGCGUACACCAAGCUGGUGCUCAAGGCGCUGCUGGACUGCGUGCUGAAGGAGCUGCGGACGACGCUGAUCACGGAGAGGCUGACGGGGAGCCUGUCGGAGGAGAUCCUGGCGCGCAGGCUGGAGCACGGCACGGCCCCGCUGCUCGCGGCCAUGGACAACGACCAGCUCUCCCGCAAGGUCGCGCGGCUGCGCAAGGAGAAGGCCGCCGUCGACGAGGCCCUGCGGCAGGUGAACAACUGCGCGUGGUGA